UUGAACCCCCCCUUUCGCUCUCUCUAAAAACACAAAACUAAAUAUUGAGAUAUAAAGCCAGAACACAUGGGAACACUUGUGGGACAUGUGGCACCAGGUUUUGCCUUCUUUGCACUUGGUCUUUGGCACCUAUACAACAACAUAAAACUAUUUUGUCUACACCCAAACACCUUUACUUCAUCACCAUGGUUCCCAACUUCCAAGCUCAGGCACCUAGAGCUCUACUUCAUAAUGUUCUCUUCAUCAGCCUCCAUAGCCAUGGAGCUCUUUAUUGGGCCCAAGAAACAUCAACCCUUUGCCUCUGAUGGCACGAUACCUUCAAACCACCUCCACAACUUUGAACACUCCUCUAUCUCUAUGUCCUUCUUUAUCUACGCUAUUUUCGCACUAGUCCUUGAUCAAGCAAGGUAUAAAGCUGUCUCUAAGGGACUGACCAUACUCGCGGCAGCCUCUGCCUUUGCUCAACAACUCUUCUUAUUCCAUCAUCACUCUGCUGACCACAUGGGCAUCGAGGGACAAUACCAUAAGCUCCUCCAGCUUGUCAUCUUUGUUUCUCUCCUUACCACUUUAAUGGGUAUUGCCUUGCCUAAAAGUUUCUUGGUAAGUUUUGUGAGAUCAUCAAGCAUAUCUUUCCAAGGAGUGUGGUUUAUAGUGAUGGGCUACAUGCUUUGGACACCUAGCUUGAUCCCCAAGGGGUGUUUUCUUCAUGAAGAAGAAGGGCAUCAAGUGGUUAGAUGUUCAAGCGACUUAGCUCUACACAGGGCCAAGUCGCUGGUCAACAUCGAGUUUAGCUGGUUUUUUGUUGGAACCACAAUAUUUGGCAUGUCUCUAUACUUGAUUCUUGAUGGAGUUUACGGUGAAAAUAUCGAAUACUCAAGUCUAACCACUAAAGACCAAGUUGAAGAAGAUGGUGAAAAACAAGAAGACAUCGAGUCGUUGAAGAUGAGUAAUCCAGGUUUUGUCCAGAUGGGUAAAAUUUUUGGAGAUCGCGAGACGUGGAAAGGUGAUAAAAUCUAGGUUUUUUUAUAUUCCAACUUGUACAAAAAUAUAUAAUCGAUUAGAACGAUAAAGUGUGAUUGUAUAAUUUAAACUUUAUUUUUGUUAAGAACG